UCAAUUUCUUCCUUCUGAAUUGUCUUUUAGCGAACCCAAUUUGCUUUGUACUCAUCGAAUCAUGGCUUAUGGGAGCUCGUUGAAUAAAAGAGUAUUACAGUUUUGAUUACCUAGCUGUUGUUUCACGAUAGUGCGCUUAGUGGAAAACGGCAUUUUUUUUAGUAGCAGAGAUACAGACACUGCGUUCUAAGAUCAAUUCCCUUGGAACAGGGAAGAUGUUCUAGGCAGAGAAGAGAAGUUUCAUUAAAUCAACAUCUAAAAGGAGAAAAAUACCGACAAUUUAAAAUAGUUGACAGCGGUGUUGACCUUGGCAGCUCAUUGAAAACAAUGAACACUUCCGGUCGCUUUCAGUCGGCUAAAAACCUCCAACCAGCUCGAUCCUUGCGGACACCUGGUGUUAACCGCAAUGGUCCGGGAAAUUUUCCGGGUCUCGUAGUGGAUGAUCAGGGACAAAAUCAGCAACACCAGCAGCAGCUUCAAUAUCGUUAUGGCCUCAAUGGCAAUAAUCUGCCUCUGCAGUCGGUUCAGCAUCGCAUUCAAAUCAACGGUAACAAUGGGAACAAAAAUGAGCACUACAAUCGUUACGGCACCAACGGUGGGUUCCGACCCCAAUCAUCGGGCUCAGGUUCCUACAAUGGUUAUAACGGCAAUCAAAAGGCCGUUGGGCAGCGACGACACGACGUGUUGCGAUCCGCAAACAACAGUUUCGGAAGCAAUACAAGUUUGGCGAGUAACCGAGGCAGCACCAGUCGUGAGGCCCAGUCCAUGGCAACAUUCACUUCAACAAACCUACCAUCAGUCGGCUCUAUUCAUGAGGUCUAUGUUUCGCAUAUCGAUAAUGGACCAAAGCGUUUUUCAGUUCAACUGAAAUCCACAGAAAAUACUCUUAAUCAGAUGAUGAGUGCAUUGGAAAAUGUGGCAUUACGAAAUCUCACUCGGAAACUAACACCUGGUUUGGCGUGCAUCGCUCGUUAUUCUGAAGAUAAGAUGUUGUACCGCGCACUCAUCAUGAAAAUCACUGUUGCAUCGUGUUUGGUAUCUUACGUGGAUUAUGGUAAUACCGAAAAAGUGGAUUUCACGGAUCUUUAUGAAAUUCCAGCAGAGUUACUAAAACACGAAGUUUUUUCUGUACGAUACACUUUGUCAAAUGCUAAAGCUCUCGAUGACAUCAAUGCUGACGUUGAUGGCAUCUUCGCCUCACUUGUAUUGGACAAAACACUCAGUAUGAAAAUUACAGCACCCGAAGGACCAGCUUUUGCUCCGUAUUGUGAGCUUUACGAUCAGGAUGAGAACAUUUUAGAAAAGCUCUUGAAAAUAAGCAAGUCCAAUCCACUUAAAUAUCCCUCAGCCAUCACGCUUGGCAAAGGAUGCUCGUGUAUGAUUAUCAUCCGAUAUAUUGAGUCGUGCGGAUUGUUCUAUGCUCAACCGAUUGAAUUAUCUCAAGAAUUUGACCAAUUCAUGGAUCAGUUAGCUUUAUUUUGUAGCCAAAGCCCGGCAUUGACUGUGCUGAAUGUUGGCGACCCCUGUGCCGUCUGUCUGAACGAAGUUGAGUAUUACCGGGGGGAAAUUGUCAGCGUUUCUGGAAACCAUGUGAAAGUACGGUUUGUCGAUUAUGGGAACACUAUGACAGUGCAAAAAUCGCAACUAAAGCGCAUCUCGAAAGCGUGGGUUGAUCCAAAACCACAAGUCGUUUCGUGUUGUUUAGAAGGAUUCCAGGGUGACCAUAAUACGAUGUCCACAUCUCAACUCGAAAUAUUGGUUGAAGAUCAUUGCGGUGAAAGAGUACAUCUUAAGAUGCACGUUUUAGACUUCGCUAAUGAAUUAGCAAUAGUUAAUUUGUUUGACGAGUCAGUUAAUCCUACGUUAAAUUUUUCCAAACGAUUACUAAAACUAAAAAACCCUGCAAAAUUCAUCAAAGAUCAACACAAAACAUCCCCUACCUCCAAUUCCAAUCGACAGCAGCGACAUCAGAGUCAAAACAAUCAGCCCCAACCAGCAAUACCAUCAAAUAACAAUGUAGCACCUGCUAUCAACAAUCGAAACCCAUUCUUCACCAAUUCCGUCACCUCGGAAGUUACUAACAUUUCGCAAAUAACACCUCCACCAAUGCCAAAUGAAAGUGAGGUGAUCGAUCUGACGGCUGAUGAUCAGUGGGCAUCUGGUGUGCAACCGAUAGGUCAUCAAAGUUCUGGAUAUGAGAAAAAUCACACCACUGUUGAAGCAACCGCGACAAACUUGACAAACAACCGAACACCUGCAAAUACGACCGCAGAAGGUAUUCGUUCUGUUCGGGAUAGUCAGCAUAAUAACAAUCGAUCGGAUGCGCACAGUAGCUUUGGUAGUAACAAAAAAGAGCGCUCCCAACGGACAGACAUUCCACUUUUCAGCAAAAACAGAAAUCUAACACCCUACUAUGUUGAACAUGACGAUCGGUGCCCUAUUGAAAUCAGCAAUGAUCAUUGGGACAAAUCUUCCGAACAACCAAAGGCCCUACAAAACGGAAGUGAAUCCGGGUUCAAAUCACAAUCUACUGAAAGGUACGUUAUUCUGUUCAGUUGAAAACAUAUUUCUAGUUUAUUAAAACAAAACCCUUGCAUCCAUAGCUCCAAAUUGUCGACCAACAACAAUGAACCCAGUGAAGACUAUGUAGAAUUCGAUGCCGGCUAUGCAGAGCAAUCCAUUCCGAUGAACACCAAAGUUGAAAUCAAACUAACUUCGUGGAUUUCUCCUGAUGAGUUUUACGUUCGAUUGAAGAGUGAAGAAAGCAAAUUUAAAGAGAUGUCGAAGCAAAUCCAAGAAUUCUAUAGGUACAAAGAGUCGUUUUCCGGUGAAGUUCUACCAGUAGGAUCCGUGCUGGUAACGCGCUACCAAAAGGACAAUACGUUCUACAGGGCAAAAGUUUUGAAAUACAACGAAUCACUGAACAAAUACAAACUUGAACUGAUUGAUUGCGGCGUUAAAACUAUAGUCACCGGUAACGACCUAUGGAAGUUAGAACGACGUUUCAGUAAGCUUCCGAAGCUGGCCGUUCAUUGCUUCUUGGCCAACGUCAAAUUGAACUGCGAUGUGAAAGAGCUCCAAACCAAAAUCUUCAAGUACUUUGACCACAAACAUCCAAUCGAGUGUGUCUUUCUGGAGAAUAGCGACGAAAAGUUUGUUUGUGAUGUGACAAUUGGAGGAUCAACCCUCAAAAUGAUGCUUUUGAAAGAUAACUUAAUUACCCAAAUUUUGACAGAUGUUGAUCUUAAUCGGCUCAAGGGACAAACUUUGAAACUAAAAGUCAUUCAAAUAGACGGACUCGAUCUGUUCCGUGUGACGAUUGCUGGUAGCGAAGCCAUUCUCAAUUGCCGUCACGUAGAGUAUCAAGCAUACGCAGCGUCCGUGGUGGAGGAUGUGCAAUCUCGUUGGCUGGACCAGUACUGCUAUGGCCAGGUAGAAGAUGUAUCGAGUGAUGAAAGGUUGAUACUUACUUUGCUGGUUUCGCCACUAUCCACCCAAGUGCCUCCGACAAUUGUAGAAAUGCCUAUUUUGAAGAGCACAUUUAAUGUAUUGAUCACCCACGUGCAGGAAGUAAACUGUUUAUUCGUUCAAAAUUCCAAGUGGGCCUCUGAUAUUGCCAAAUUGCUGGACGAUUUGUAUGAGUUCUACGAAAGCAACGGAGAAGUGAUUACCAAUUUACAAAUGAAUGAAUUGUGUGCUUCCAAAUCCAGCGACGGAAACUGGUACCGUGCUAAAAUUAUAUCACUGCAAGAAAUUGAUAAUAUUGAGGUGCUUUUCGUGGAUUACGGUAAUUGCGAACGUGUCAAACAUGAAGACCUUAAAGUGUUGGAAUCUCAGUUCCGCGUUCAUAGCGCUUUUGCCCAUCGGGUCUAUCUUCCGUUAACAAAUCUUAAUAACGGCGAAGAGGACAAAGUAAAGGUUGAAAUUGCUCAAAUCACGAGCGGCUAUGAGUUAGAGUUGAAAGUACUGGACUACAGAAACGAUAUCUGGAUCGUGGACAUAGCUUCAAACGACUACAGUAUAGUACAGGUUUUGAAAGAUAAACAACUGGUUAAAGAUUUAGACCACGAGGAAAUUCUCAAUCAAAAAACAAAUGUGGUACCUGAGAAUGGUACCGAUUCAUUUGCGGAACAGCUGGGAGAUGAUGGAGAAGAUCAAAAACACCAGAGACAAAAGGCUUACGUCAGUCAUGUCGACAAUCCGAAUCAGUUUUUCAUUCAAAUGGGCACUGAUGUCGAUGAUCUGUAUCAACUACAAGAAAAUCUACAAAUCAUAGCUCAAGCUUUGCCUCAACUGAAGGAUUUUUCAGUGAACAGACAUUGUAUUGCUCCGUACUCAGCUGACGAAUUGUGGUAUCGUGCAAAGAUUAUCGACAGUCACGAUGAUCUUAUUAUUCAAUUCGUUGAUUACGGCAGUAGCGAUGUCAUUACAAGCAACAAAAAAUUUGAUCUCAAGGACGUAAACGAUAGUUUGAUGAAGUUCAAAAUUUACGCCAAGCACUGCUCCCUCAUCGUUUCACCAACCGGGGGUAAGAAGAACUGGAAUGAAGAGGCCAUCAACAUGAUUCGGGAUUUAAGCGAAAUUGAAGUUCAAUUUUUGGCUGAAUCACAAGGAGUACACUACAUAAAUAUGAAAAGCGAAGAUCGCGAUUUGGCAGACGAAUUAAUAUCUAAAAAUUUUGCAAUGAAAAUGGAAUUUGUGCCUUCCGGACAACGCUGCUUCACUAGCCACAUUGAAUCGAUUCGUGAAUUUUAUCUGCAGCUGGAACGCGACAUAACUCCGCUCGAUGUUAUGGCAGAUUACAUGGUUCGAUUCGCAGAAUUCCCUACGGUAUCACAUCCUAAAGUAGGAUCUAUUUACUUGGCAGAAUAUCCUGAAGACAGCCUUUGGUACCGUGUUGAAAUAUUGGAGAUAAUAGAUACUGGCAAAUACGAAGUAUUUUUCUUGGAUUACGGCAAUACUUCCGAGGUAAGCAAUGUACGUGAAUUGGAGACUUCUAUCGCUGAGCUACCCCGACUUUGCACUAAAUGUACUCUGAAACUGCCGGAAGGUGUGAAAAUGUGGUCACACGAAGCCGAAACAAAGUUCCGAGAAAUUUCAGCCAUGGGUGAAACCGUUUACACAGCCCAGUUACAUUCCCCCGGUACUGUUGCGACGAUUGAGCUUUUCUUGGAUGGAGUCAACAUCAACGAGCAACUGAUGGAUCUCUGCGAGAAAGGUGCAUCCAGUGUGAUGAAUUCCAGCUUCUAUUUGAGCGAAGAUAGAACAUUGGACGACACCGGUGCUUUGGAAGGUUACGUAAUUGUCAGCCAUUCGAAUUCUCCCGCUGAUUUUUACAUCCAGUUCGAGAACUCGUUCGAUGCGCUUAAAAAUAUGGAAGAACUGCUCAUGAGUAAAGCAACUCAAUGUGAACGUAUAGCUCAUCAAGACAUCUAUGAAGGAAUGUACUGUCUGGCAUAUUCUGCAUCUAAAGUCAAAAAUUAUCGAGCCCAGGUUAUUUCCAUCAACGAUCGCCAGUACAAGGUGCUAUUGAUUGACUAUGGAUUUACAUCGAUAGCAACCGAUUUGCGCAAGAUGCCAACGGAAAUUGAAAACAUUGCGUUGCUUGCUAAAAAAUGCUGUCUCGAGAAGUAUAAUCCGAACGAAAAUGUACUGGAUGUGGUGAUAAAACGUUUUGAUGCUCUCGUAGAAGGCGGUCGAAGACAAUUUUCAUUCGAAAUAGUGCGCAACGAUUGCGAACCAACGAUCAUAAGAUUGUUUACGGAAGAUAAUCGUAACGUCAAGGAUAUCAUUGAAACCGAGAUCGAUAGCGGUUUUGAAAAUAGUGACACACAAGCUGUAACUCCAGCAAUUGAACUUUCACUAGACACACCGUCCGAACCUGUCAAAACAUCCGCCCGUGUUAAACCGAAGCAAGCAUUCUUUCGAACAAAGAGCGACUUGGAAUUCGAACCCAUGAGCCACCGGGGUAGCGAAAGAAUUUCUCCAUGGAAUAAUCGCAAUUCACGCAACAGCAGUACUGGGAACGAUAGUGCAGGCAAUAGCUACAAUAGAGACCGUGGCAGUUGGUCUGGAGGAGGAAGAUAUGGCGGUGGCGAACAGUGGCAUGGGAGUGGAAACGCCAACCGAGAUACCAGCAAUAGGAGAAAUUUCCGGGGAGGUUAUGCUUCCCGAAACGAUCGACGCAAUUUCGAUGACAGACGGAAUGCACCAUAUCGAUGGUCCGGCAGCAAUACCGGAAAUGAUGGUCACUAUUCCUCUCAUUCGAAACAUCACACAAGCAAUCGAAAUACCGGCACCGGCAGCAGCAAUAACAGCAACAACAAUAACUGGCGCCAAAGAAAUAGUUCCAGUAGCCAUCGAAAAUUGGAUGGUUCCCAGUUCCAAAAUGAAACGUCUGUGCCAUUGGGGAGUCCUAGGCCGGCCUUGGAGAUGGAUUUGAUGCACCAGCUGCCUCCUGUGUCCGCGAUUGAUUUCGAUGAACCUUUGCUCCAAUCAGUGGAAACAACCAGCAGCCAGGAGAGUAAACAACCGAUCGAGGGCAGUAAAACUGGUGCAGGUUCCGAGAGUGCUGAUUGGACGCCAAAUAGUCUCACAAGCGGGGGGUUUCAGGGAUUUCCAGACGUGGAGCAAACUAAAGCUUUUGAGGACGAACGGAAUGAUUCUCGGCCGGAGAGUAAAACGGAAAUGUCCCCUCAGGAGACGGAAUUGAUCAAACUGAUUGAAGAUGAGGCGUUGAAAAUGAUUGGUGAUACUGAGCAACCAUCCUGUUCUGUUUCUGCUGAGCCAAACAGUGGUAGUAAUUUGGCCAACAGUCAACAACGCCAGGCGACAAUCGAGCGCAGUGCCGAACAAAUCACCAGAAAGCUCAUCAAUCAAUUGACCACGAUGAACAAAUAUAGUUUAAAGCAAAUGAUCAACAACCCAGACAGCAAAUAUGAAACUGCCCUGAAAACUCACGCCCGUCAAAAGCUGCGAGCCGAAGUUCGACGACAGCUUCGUAACUUCAGUCAAAACGAGAGCACUACACCGGCGAAGGCUGCAGCGGAUGGGGUGCUAGAACCGGACGAAUGUGUCGAUUCGGAUAAAAUUCCUGAAGCUCUACUAGAGCAAAUCGGAAAAGUUUUAGAUUUGAACUUGCUUGAUUUGAAUGUUGGCACUGAAGAGCCAUCUGCUUCUGCGGUUGCUGAGGAACCACUUGCUGUUUCAGGUGCUGGUGGAGCCGCUGUUGAAGAAGAUGAUUGUUCAGCUGAAGUUUUGGAUAAGAACCUCCGACUUACCGAUGAUGAUGGGCAGCUGAAUUUAAAUCCGGAAGACUUAUUUGCCCGGGCAGAGCAACUGCUAAUGAAUGGUGUAGACGAAAGAAAGUCAAUACUAACAUCUCAUUCUCCAACGGAGGAUGUGUUACGUAAAGAAGUUUUUGAUUCAUUCGUUAACGAACUUGAUGAGCUGGAAAAACAAGAUCAACUAGGAGAAAAGGAAGAAGGAGAACUAAGUGAACCGGAAGCGGAAUCUCAAGCUAAAACUUUUCCAUGUUUUUUGCGAAUUAGUACAGUGGAAGAAUUGAAUAAAAAAGUUGACGAUUUUGGAACAAAUGCGAAUGAACAAGUAGUGGAUGUUUUUGAAACCGAUCGAAAAGAAGGUAAUAACUCAUCGCCACCUGAGGAAACUUUGAAACCUUCAAAUGAACCUUUGGUACUGCCUACGUACCAAGUUUCGUUAGAAAAGGAACUUGUUUCAAACGUGGAACAACACCAACCAGUGAUAAUCAAACAAUCUACUUCGUCUGAGAUUCUGCUGACUGACAAACCAAGGCCUCAAACACAUUUGGACGAAAUCCACAAUGUUGAAAUCAAUACUUCAACUCAUACUUCAGAAACUACGAGUAUUGAAGAGUGUCGUUAUGUGGAAACAAACGCUGUUGCUAAAGAAAUCCCCCUAAAAGAUAAAGUUGCUGGGGAAGCUGAACGAUCGAUAAAAGACUGUUCUUCAGCGGCAAUUUCUAGUGAAACCCAAUUGGAAAUCCUACCGAACAAAGCAGAAGAAACAGCUCGCGAAAAAAUGUGUCAAAAUGAAGGUGCUCAAGUUGAAGGCAAGCCAAUUCGCGCUCCAACCCAUCCGGAGCUGGCUACCCGUAAAUCUAAAGGUUCUAAAUCUUAUAAGCCCAAUCUAGUUCUCCACGACCACACAAAGAAUGAUAAGAAAUCAUCAAGAAAGUCCUCGCCUAUGCGAUCUUCCGAUCAAGAAACAUCAAAAUCGAUCAAAAAUCAUUCACCAUCCAAAGAUAAGAGCCAUCGAUCUCGAGAUUCAAGCGCUAAAGAUGCAGCCUGCAAUAAAAACGAGAGCAACAAUUGUUUCCCAACUAUUGAUGGUAAUACGACUUCAACAACAAGCAGUGAUAGCUCUCUUAAAACAACCCCCUCAAAUGAAUCAGUCAAAAUCCCAACUUCAACUAAUACUUUUUCCACCACUGUUACGCCGUUGAAAAACGAGCCAGAUCACACCAGUUCUCGAUCGACCCGGGCGAGGACUCCCGGACCGCCAACUGUUACAGGACAGGUGCUGAGACGACAAAAUGAUACACCAGAAUCGGUUGUUGCUAGCUCGACCGCAUCUGAAAAGAAGAAAAAGAAAAAGAAGAAACGCCAUACGCCUGAACUUGAAAUGAUGGUUUUGGAAUGUGAUCUGCGGGUGUCCCGUCCGGCUGUAAGUGCCACUCCACCGCCAGUCCAAUCACGUGACAUUACCCCGAAUCGUAGCAGCUCAAAGAAGGCGGCCGAACCGGAAAACGAAAGCACUAGCAGUAGCAACAAACAAUCAUUGGCCCGUGAAACCCGUUCAAAAUCGGUAGAUCCAAAAUCGUACGGCGGACGCAGUAGCAGUGAAUCUAAACGCGACAAAAAAGACAAAGAAAAGGACCGCCAUCACGGCCACAGAUCCAAAUCGGACAAAGAAUCGUCAUCAAAGAGAGAAACGAACAAAGAAGAUACCAAGGAAACGGAGCAGGAAGCUGGUCCGAAGACGAUAAACAGCUCCAGUGAUAAAGAAUCUAUUCCGGAAGAGGUGAGAAAAGAAGGACCAUCAAUCGAUGGUGAUGACCAAGAAGUGCCAUUGAAAGGUUCGAGAACAGAACGCGAAAAAGGCUCGAAAUUAUCGAUGAAUUCUUGGAAGCAUCAAAGUAGUGUGAUGAAAGAGUCUUCAGUAAAAGGAAAGGACAAAGAAAAGGAAAAAAAUACUUCCAGAGAAAAGGAGAAAGAUUCUCUAAAAGAAAAGGAGAAAGAUGGCCAUAAAGAAAAAGAGAAAGAUACUAUCAAAGAAAAAGAAAAAGAUGAUGCUAGACAAAAGGUGAAUGAUAAUGCUACAGGAAAAGAGAAAGACUUGAUAGAACAAAAAGAAACUACGGACGAGAAUAAUAAAGAAGUAGUCAAAGAAAAAGACCCCAAAGAAUUUUUAAAAAAGGAUGUCACAAAAGGAAAGGAAAGCGUAAAAGAGAGUGAGGAAGCUGUAGUUAAAGAAAAAGAAACUAAAGCAAACACGAAACAAAAGGAAAACAAAUUAAGCUCAAAGAAGAAAGGGCCAAAUCCAUCUUUUAAAAAAACCGAUUCAAUUGAUGCUGGAAUAUCCAAGGAUAAGAACAAACCAACAAAUUCUAUAGCAGAAAUUACAGAAGAAAAUACAGUGAAGGAUAAGCCAUUGUUAGAAGUAGAAGUGGAACAACCACGAAAACGGAAAAAAAGUUUACUCCGGGGACCUAACUUGAAGAAAGGAAAAAGAGAAACUUUAACUCCGGAGAGUACCCUAGAAACCACUCAAAAAGAAAAGGACGAAAGUGUGGCAAAAAUAGAUUCCAAGUGUAAUGAAUCUGUGGUUCCAAGUUGCCCGAAACCGGAAAUUUCAACAGCUUCAAUGAUUUUUGUAGAUCAAACGGUCAACGAAAAUACGAGAAACGCAUCUCCUCGACCGUGGAAGUCACCGGGUGAGAAGAAAUUGAUUCCUGGUGAGCCAUCCGCCUUACCUACCAUGCGAUUGAUGACUCCUCCUAGAGUUGAGCGAGUGCCGGUCAGUGUGCCUUCAAUGCCAUCGCCAGAUGUUCCUAGGCAACAAAACAUUAUUCAUCAAAACCACAAUCAAAUUCAAGACGCGCUGUCUAGAAUAACAAUUCCUGCAGUUCAACCGAUCCAAUCACCGGUGAGCAAUUUCGGUCAUGCCAUGGCGCUUCUGAAUCAAAUGCAAGAAAUAGAUAACAAAAUGAGCGAUCUUCAGCGUCGUAAAAUGCAAAUAGACAGCGAAAUGAUGAGGCUCAACUCUGAAAAGUUUCAAAUUGAUCAAAAUUCAAUGCAGCUUCAAAAUAAUCGGUUCAUGUUACUAAAUGCUCUCAGGGCAGCUUUAGUCGAUUGUGAGAGGAACACUUUAGCUGUCAUGCACAAUACUGCCCAAACAUCAAACAGGAGCAAUUCAACAUGUAAUGAACAGUCUCAAGAAGAAUCAGAUCAGGCACCAAAACCCAAACGACGAAAAGGAAGCGUAGAACCAACACCUUUUUUAAUACAAUCCCCCCCUGCAUCUGCUACAGAACUAUCAGAGACGGAAGAACAAUACACUUCAUCUAAUACACCCGGUGGUGGAAGCGAGAGGACAAUCCGUCGUAUCACAAAAAUCGGGAGCAAUUCUCAGAUUAUGCAACUAUUCCAACGUCGUCGUAUGAUUUCUGAAAAAUCUGUCGAAGAGUGUCCUCCUGAAGAUAAUUUGGCGUCUUCCGAUGGUACCAACAAACAAGCUGUGAAAUCACCUGCACCAAAGCGCAGACGCACUCGGACUACAACGGUAGCCGAACUUGAGCUAUCACAACCCCUAGUGCCGCCACUUAGUGGAAGGCUUCGAAGUGACUCAACCAAAUCUAUAGAUUCUAGCAAAUCGGUUGAACUUGUAGAACCAGUGAACCUACCCAUAUCGUCACCAAGUCACUCGAGUAAUAAUGCUGCUGUCAACGCACCUAUCCGCAAGGACGAGGAAGUGCUUUUGACAAGUCUCAGCGGUAGUCGGUUGACGCGGCCUUUCCGAGUUGUUGUUAGCAAACUCAAAGUUGGCCGAAAAACCUGAUACGAAACUGCGAUUACCGGUCGUCGCCCAAUGGUUUAUACCAUUGGCAGACUCAGAUCCAAGCGGAAGUCUUUCGUAUAGCUACUGAUUAUUUUCGCGCAAACCUAAGCUGAGCUUGAUCUUGUUUAUUAUAAUAUCUACUAAACAUUUUUAAAACACUAUCUGCCAAUUCGAAAUGUAUUGGUAAAAUUAUGUUUAAGUUAAAGAAAUUUGUUUCCUUCGUUGUUAUGAACUUACAGAAAUACAGGAAUAUUGCGUAGACGGAUCGCGGUCAGCAAACAAAAAAAAAUAGGAGAAACACGCGAUGAAUGUUGGUUCCUCCCUUAUAAUUAGUUUUUCACAAUGUAAAUACACCUUUAUAUUUAAAUUGUAACAUUCAAUUUGAAAAAAAACCAUAACACUGGACAUUUGUAACAAGCUGUAGAAACAUACUAUGUACGCAGUAAGUUAUAUUCUUCUUUAUUACUACUACAAAGAGAGAUCCUUGGUUUUGUUAUUCCGGCAUCUUCUUUAAGAGUACCGAUUCCAUGAAAAAACCAGAAGAUGAAUCAAGAGAUUUGUUUUUGUAAAUGGUAAUCUACAAAUUUAAAACAAAUAUAAUAAUCAUACUUCUAGAGAGUGAAUGUUA